ACCAAGGGAAGAUAAGCCAAGAAAGAUGAACGUGUGCAGGUGGCAGAUUUCGUGGAUUGUUGGAUUUUUGUUAUUUUUGUCAGAAGUUAUCGGGGAAUUUGAUAGAACAGAUUAUUUAAAAAGAGAGCACACACUUGUGAAGCCAUAUACAGGAUCAGGAUUUUCUGUGCCACUAUGGGAUUUUGUAGGGACGACUAUGGUAACAAAUAGCUAUGUACGAUUAACACCAGAUUACCAAAGCAGACAAGGAGGGAUAUGGAAUACUAUGCCAUUAACGGUAAAAAAUUGGGAAUUACAUGUGCAUUUUAAAGUGCAUGGUAGUGGAAAGAACCUUUUUGGAGACGGUAUAGGUAUUUGGUAUGCGAAAGACAGAAAUCAAUUAGGUCCAGUCUUUGGAAACAAGGAUUUUUUUGUUGGAUUGGGAAUAUUCCUGGAUACAUACAGCAACCACAAUGGACCUCACAAUCAUGAACACCCAUACAUAUCUGCUAUGGUGAACAAUGGUACUCUGCACUAUGAUCAUGACCGUGAUGGUACACACACAGAAAUUGCAGGCUGUGAAGCCAAAUUUCGCAGCAAAGACUACGACACUUACGUAGCCAUCAGAUACCAAGAUGAAGUACUGAAGGUUUCAACAGAUAUAGACAAUGAGAACAAGUGGAAGGAGUGUUUUGUUGUUGGUGGAGUAAAACUACCUGUAGGGUAUUACAUAGGUGCUACUGCUACGACUGGUGAAUUAGCAGAUAACCAUGAUAUCAUUUCUAUGAAAUUAUAUGAAUUGGAAUCUUUAAAAAAGGAUGAUGAUUCCUCCAGUUACCAAGGCUUGCCAUCAGCCCAGUUCUUUACACCCCCCAGAGAUCAUAUAGAGGAUCCAAAAGGAGGCUUCAUGUCAGGCAGUAUGUCUGGAUGGAAAGUGUUUAUCAUCAUCGUCAUGGCAAUAAUUGGACUAAUAGUCUGUGGAGUAGUGGGCUACGUGGUGUUUAAUAAAGAUGGCGGUUACAACAGCAAACGAUUCUACUAAAUGAGUGACAUCAUUGGUUACAACAGUAAAUGAUUCUACUACAUGUAAAUGAGUGACAUCAUUGGUUACAAAAGCAAAUGAUUCUACUAAAAUGAGUGACAUCAUUGGUUACAAAAGCAAAUGAUUCUACUAAAUGAGUGACAUCAUUGGUUACAAAAGCAAAUGAUUCUACUAAAUGAGUGACAUCAUUGGUUACAACAGCAAACGAUUCUACUAAAUGAGUGACAUCAUUGGUUACAACAGCGAACGAUUCUACUAACGGGGUGGCGUCAUUGGAAGUGAAUUAUUUUUCAUUCUGCAUUUAGGGAAUAAAAUCUUCUGUACAAUUUAAAUUUUGCAAUACAUGCAGUACCAGCAGUUGAUUAAGUCUCUAUAGAAAAACAUAUAUUGCAAUGUGAAAAACACAUAUUGUGUAUGGUGUUUGAUUGGUUGGGGGAGCAUUUUUGGUUGCAUUUCGAAGAUUUUUUAAGAAAAAUGAAUGAAGUUUGUAAUGGUUGAUAUUCCAGUAUUUAAAUUUAUAUAAGCUGUGCCUGUAAUACAUUGAAGUCCGUAAGCAAACAUACUUUACAAGUUUUGAUACUGCUAUUGAUUGUUUGCACAAAGGCAGAACAGUCUGUACAUGUGUAAUUUUGUGCUUAUCAUACAUUGAAUCAUAUAUUUUUUUUAAUUUUUGUCUAUGUUUAAUGAUCAUGGAAAUCCCUGUGUACGUGUUGGGUGAAUAACAGCUCUUUAUCAUACAUUGGAAGGAACUUUGUCCUGUGUCAGGGGCUUAGCUUUGUGUUAGUACACUUGUACUUAGAUCAGGGAUCACUUCAUUUGUUAAUGGUCUCUGUCUUUUUUUUUCAUCAAAGUAUUUCAUCAUAUGAACAGUUUGUUCUGUGUCACAAAUACUGUAUGUGGUUAUGGAUAUUUUCAAUACUAAAGAAACAAAUCAAAAUAUUUCAUGUAAAAUCAUAUACAUGUAGUUGAUUUGCUUUAACAUUUAUUUCCUUAAAAUCUGAGUCGAGUGUGCAGAACUGUUACAUGUUGUAGAAUACAGUCUAUUCCAGAUAUAUUGAAAUUCAGGGGACCGAUCCGACUUGCUUAUUAAAUUCAAAGUUCAAUAUUACCGAUGUUGAACCAUAUAAAUGAUGUUACUGGGGAUUUAAUUUUACCUCAGUAUAACAGAUGAGUUCAAUAUAAGCAACUUUAGUAUAAGCAGAGUAGACUGUAGUUUUGAUACUGUACUGCAACUUACAACCCUACCAUCAAUGUGGUAAAAUACAAUGUGUUAAACAUUCUUCUUGCUUUCUGCCAACCCAAACUCAAAACCAUUGAUAAAAAAUUAAUUAUGAUUUGGUCGGAUUAAACUGCGACCGUCAGAAUAUCGGUUCAGAGUGUAAUGAGAUUGACUUAUGAUUAGCUCAUGUAGUCAAGGAAACAAUAACACUUGUACUGUUUUCAAAUGCAGUGAUUUUAAAUGUUUAUACUUUUGAUGGGAAAAUGUUUCAGGGUUGUAAGAGAACGUUCUUAUUUAUUAUACAUGUGCCAGUAGUAAAAGUGAUCGACUCAUGAGGAAGACUUUCAAUAUUAUGCCAAUACCUAUAUCAAGACUAUUAUCAAGUAUUAUAGCAAUUAUUUUAAAUACAGUAUAGAGUUAUUUUUAAGCUAAACUUAUUUUGUAAAUCAAUGUCUGAUGAACUUGUAAUUAUAUGUACAUUUGUCAGCCUUUAUAUUUAUCAUGUCUGUAUGGGGAUACAGGUGUAAAAUAAUAAUGAAUCGAGAAAUUGCUGUAAAUCACAUUUUAUUCACAAAAACUUAACGAUUUAAAAAGAAAAAUUUGCAGUAAUGAAGUAAAUAUGUGAUUUACAGUACCAAUUCACACUACUGAUAAAGUGCAAAUGAUUCCCGCAAUGAAUUCCGAUUCCACAAUAAUUCUUCAAUUUUUCGGAAUAAGUAGCAGGAAAAUGUAAAGAAAAAGGAGGAGCAUUAUCCAUACCUGGAUAUCAGUUCUGCUGUUAUUGUUAAUUCUACUGGUGCAAUAUUUCAUUCUUUCAUUCAAGUUUUGAUGGGAUUUACAUUCAAAUUUUGAAGAAACCAAUUAAUUUUGGUCUCGCAUCAAAGAUAUGGAUUUCCUGUUGUAGUCACUGUUUUUUCCAUCUCUUUAUCCAUCAUGUGCAGCUGAAUAUCUUGCAGUAGAGGUCAAGGAUCAAGGUCAUGUCAUAUGGUAAGACACCAGUCCUAAUCGUCAGCAUUUGACAAGGCCCUAAUUGACCUAAGUUAUCUAGUUUAUAGUCAAACGUUUCAGCGUUAAAAUCAGUAUGAUAUAGAAUGAAUUUUCAAAGCACUUCUUGUAUAUUGCCUGAUAUGAUUGUUCCAAAAAUUAUGAAUUAUUGUGAAUCGAUUAGAUGUAACAGGUUUGCUGGAAUGGAUAAUUUAUUAAUGGGCACUUUAUCAGUAGUAAAUCGCCUUUCGUACUUGGGGUGUAUGAAACAUUCAAAUGUCUGGGGAUGAAUUGCCUAUUAGUUCUUUGGUUAUAGAUGAAGUUGAAUAUACUUUUAUGUUUGGGAGUUCAACAUGCUUAUUUGGGAUAAAUGGGUGUCUCAAGUUUAAGAUCUGUAGUCUAAUUUUAUACUUGUACAUGAAAAAUUUGCAUGAAUGUGUUUGAUCAUAUUGAUUGACUUCUGGGAAAUUGUUUUGAUGAAUAAAUGACUUUGUUUUUAA